AUGAGUUACUGCGAUGGUGCGGACGCACCAAGGGACAAGAGGGGUCAAUUGACCCCUUGGGAUGCCGGCGUUUGGCUGUGGAAGUCGCAGGAGAGCAGUUGCAGACCCCUUGGCCAGCAGCUUGUUGACCCCUUGGAUGCACUGCGAUGGUUUGGGGAAAAACUGCAUCCAAAAUCUACGGACCCAUUGCUGGAGAGGAUUUCAAGGACAACCAACUUAGAUUCAGCCUGCUAUGCCAGCUCUAGAAGCACCAAGAGAGAAGAAGUCGUUUUCAUUGCCAACGACUGGCACACUGCCCUCCUCCCAUGCUACCUGAAAGCCAUAUACCAACCUAAAGGCAUAUACAAGAGUGCUAAAGUAGCCUUUUGCAUUCACAACGUUGCUUACCAAGGCAGAUUCGCAUUUGCGGACUUCGCACUUCUCAAUCUACCAGAUGAAUUCAAAAGCUCCUUUGAUUUCAUUGAUGGCUAUUACAAGCCAGUGAAGGGGAGGAAAAUUAACUGGAUGAAAGCUGGAAUUUUAGAAUCAGACAAGGUCUUGACUGUUAGCCCAUACUAUGCUGAAGAACUAGUUUCUACAGUUGAAAAAGGAGUCGAAUUGGACAACAUUAUUCGGAAAGCUGGAAUUCUUGGAAUUGUGAAUGGCAUGGACGUCCAGGAGUGGAAUCCAUUAACUGACAAGUAUAUAGCUGCCAAAUAUGAUGCUUCAACUGUGACUGAUGCAAAGCCUCUGUUGAAAGAAGCCCUCCAAGCAGAAGUGGUAUUGCCAGUGGACAGAGACAUCCCUGUCAUAGGUUUCAUUGGUAGGCUUGAAGUGCAGAAAGGUUCAGAUAUUCUGAUAGAAGCCAUUCCCCAUUUUAUCAAAGAGAAUGUUCAGAUCAUAGUCCUCGGGACUGGCAAAAAGCCGAUGGAGAAGCAGCUUGAACAGUUGGAGAUAAAAUACCCUGACAAAGCCCGGGGAGUAGCAAAGUUCAAUGUUCCUCUGGCCCGUAUGAUAACAGCCGGAGCUGAUUUUAUGUUGGUUCCAAGCAGAUUUGAGCCUUCAUUCAGUUGCAUGCCAUGCGUGCCAAUUGUUGCCUCAACUGGUGGGCUGGUAGACACUGUUAAAGAAGGAUUCACUGGAUUUCAAAUGGGAGGUUUCAAUGUGGAAUGUGAAGUUGUUGAUCCUGCAGAUGUACAAGCGAUUGCAACUACUGUCACAAGAGCCCUUGGAACUUAUGGAACCCCAGCUUUUACUGAGAUCAUAGGCAACUGCAUGGCUCAAGAUUUAUCAUGGAAGGGGCCUGCCAAGAAGUGGGAGGAAGUGCUGCUAAAUUUGGGUGUUGCUGACAGCGAACCCGGGAUCGAUGGUGAGGAAAUUGCACCACUCGCCAAGGAAAACAUCGCAACGCCAUGA